ACACCUUGCGCUGGAUUUAUAGCUAGUGGAGAUAAAAGAGGGGUAUUUUUUUUUGUCCGUGUUGGAUGUAAUGGAGUAGGACGCAGUUUUGGAGUGCAUGCUGGGAAAUGUUAUUUAUUAUAGAUAUUUUUUAAAUAACCCAAUGGAAAUUGGAGGACGGGAUCCGAUCGCAGCGCUGUUGUUGUCUGAGGAGAAGGUUUGAUAGAGAGAGAGAGGGAGAGAGAGAGAGAGAGGGAGAGGGAGAGAUGCUCAUGAUGGUGAUGAUGAUGAUGUCCGCGUCUCCUGCUUUCUCACUCCUCGCGCUUGUGUGUGUCGGGUGGUCCUGCGCGCACGAUGCGGUGAGGAAACCUCGCCAGAUCCUCAGCUCCGGUGACGCAGAUCCUCAGUCCAGCCUGCGCGUCGGCGCCUCGUUCACCGGCCUGACUCCAGCGCCCACCGUGCUGGCCGCAGAUGCGCAAACAGCCAGCACCAUCGAGCCACCCAGCCCCGACCCCGGCUCUCCAUCCCCGGCGCGUCUGCUGGAGGAUGCUGCGCUCCUGGAGCUCCACAAACCCAGAGCUGCGCGUCUGCUGGCACAAAGACGCCAGAGCUCCGUGUCUGAUAAAGCUCAGGACGCAGGGCUUCUCACAACCUCAGACAAUUCCCAAGAGCUGGUGUGUAACUGCAGCACGGAGGGUGUGUUGGACCCGGACGAGUGUGACCGUGACACGGGACAGUGUGUGUGUAUGGCGGGAUACACGGGGCUCCAGUGCGAGGAAUGUGAGGAAGACCACUUCAGCAACGGAACCAUCGGCUGCCUGCCCUGCGGCUGCGACUCGUUCGGCGCCUUUGGUCCUGGAUGUGACAGCUCGGGGACGUGUGUGUGCAAGACGGGAGUGUACGGCCCCAAGUGUGACGACUGCCACCCGGGAUUCUUUCACUUCAGCAGCACGGGGUGUCAGCCAUGUCAGUGCAACGGACACUCCACCUACUGCCACCCGCAAUCCGGUGUGUGUAUGGACUGUCAGGACAACACUCAGGGACAGAACUGUGAGGAGUGUGUGCCACGCUACUACCGAGCCCCAGGUGGAGGUGUGAAGGACGAGUGUGUGCCCUGCCCCUGUCCCAGCCACAGCUCUUCAGGCACCUGCCACCUUGACUCCAGCGGCCACGCUGUGUGUGACGAGUGUAAGUCUGGCUUCGCAUCACCCACCUGUGAAGUGUGUGCAGACGGCUUUUAUAAAUCAGGAGGCGAGUGUGCGCGGUGCGAGUGUAACGGAAAUGCCGAUCCGCGCUCAGCACCUCAGAUCUGCCACCCGGAGAGCGGACGCUGCCUCCUGUGUGCCAACCACACCACCGGAACACACUGUGAGCUCUGUGCCUCCGGAUACACAGGGGACGCGCUUGCCCACAACUGCACACUGAGAGCCCCGAGGCUCCUCCCAAUUCCUACAAGAACAUCCAUCACCACAGGCCCCCAGACCUCCAGCUCCACCUCUGCACCUCCUUCGUCCCACCUCUUCACCUCUUCUCCCGUCUCCAUCGGCCCCAGCAAAGCUCCGCCCCUCCAGCUGGGCCCGGGAGACCCCGCGGCCAGCAACAGCACGGCUUCGGCGCUCGCCGUGGUCUCGUGGACGCAGUUCAACGUCAUCGUCCUGGCUGUGAUCAUCGUUCUGCUGGUGCUGCUCAUGGGCUUCGUGGGUGCCGUGUACACGUACCGCGAGUACCGCAACCGCAAGCUCAACGCGCCAUUCUGGACCAUCGAGCUCAAGGAGGACAACAUCAGCUUCAGCAGCUACCAUGAUAGCAUCCCACACGCCGAACCCGGCGUCCUGCUGGAGGAGGAGCAAUGCUCUGCUCCGCCCAACGGCCAGCUUGCUUUAGCGCCCGCUGCUAACGUUUACAAGGCGUGACAGGAAGCGUGUUCGCACAACAGCUCAGAAAUGGAGGAAAAGACGCUUUACAUUUUCAAUAACGCGCUAAGAGUUGCUAACAUCUCAAUCCAGUGGAUCAUUAAGUCAAACCCGCUUAGAAACGUGAAGGAAAGACACUUUCAAGGUUUUAUUGCUCUCUCGUCGUUGUCAUGUGCAAAGCGUAAAAGGAGGAGUGUCCACGAGAUUCCGAAUCAGAAAUUCCGAAAAGAUGCUAUACAUUUUCAACAUUUGUCAUGGAGCUAACGCUAACAUCUCACUGCAGUAGAUCAGCCAGUAAAACCAGUUGAUUGAUCAACAGUGUCACGUACGAAGCGUGCUAAUGAGAUCUAGAAUCUGACAAAAAGUCAUUUUCAAAGAAUGAAGGCUUGCGCUAGGAACUGAUGCUAACGUUUCAGUGCAGUGAAUCAUAUGUUUAAACCUGUUUUUUUUUUUCUUCCAUGGUAAUGCUAUGGACAAAGCAUAAAAGGAAGUGCAUAUAGAUAAGAUAAAGAGUUCUCACCUUAUGCCAGAAGCUAAUCUCCAGUUUCUUGUGGGAUUACAGCGUCAUUUUUGACGCCAUGGACAAAAGAAACGAAAAUGAGGAAAUGUGAGGAAUAUGAGCGUUACUUUGUCACUCGCUAAUGCUAUCUGGGAGCUAAUGCUAGCAUUUCAGUCCUGUCGUUUGCCCACUAAAGACAGUUUUGAAGAGGUUAUAUCACCAAAAAAAAAUCAUGAACGAAAGUGAGAUGAUGAAAAUGUCUUCAAAUUCCAAGGAAGUCAUGUUUUUUUUUUUUUAAGGAGGCUACAUUUGUGCCAAGAGCUAACGCUUACACCCAGAUACAGCAGUUUCUAAGGCUUCAUUUCAUACCAAAAAGAAAGAAAGAAAGUGCACCCAGGAGAAUCAGAACCUGAGAAAAAAGGUGCUUUGAGUCUCCAAAGAACCUCACUCAACAGAAGCUAAUGCUAGCAUCUCAAUCCCGUGGCUCGACCUUCAGUUACACCCUUGUCUAUGCUGCGCUAGCUUCUUGAAAUCAAAAUAAUUUUUGACCAGGAAUUGACUAACUUUAGGAAGCUAAUGCUAAUAAACUAACAUCACACGCUGGUGAGUUAGCCAGUUAAGCCCGCGUAAAAGGUUAAAAGGUGCUCGUUAAAAAAAGCCAGUGUCUAAUACUCUAAUACUCAGACCUGCCAACCUUUACGCACAUUGCUUGGAAGCUCUGCAUUUUCACAUUGAAUUCUUGCAAAAAGUCGUGAAUCUGGAAUGACUGACAGUUGCGUACGUGAUUUGAUCUCUCUGAUGUUAGCUGGAAACCCCGCCCCCUUCCUCACGGCUCACGUUAAUAGCCUUUCUUGCUUGAAAGAUGCCGACGUGGCGUCCUUGCUUUCUGUCGUGGUAAAUAGUUUGGUUUUUUUUAAUAAUGUGUGAUAAAAUCGAUCAAUGCGUUUCACUUAGCUACCAUUAAACACGCAUAUAGUAAACAGCAGGUAGCUGAAACCAGAAAUUGGUUAAAAAUGGCACUUUUUGGACGAAAAAGGAUUAAAUAGGCCUACAAUUAUCAAAUCUAACACUACGAAUAGUUUCAAUUGUAAUGAUAAUUAGAAGGUGAUAAUUAACACUGUUUGGUCUUCGGGGUUGGUCAGUGCAGAGACGUUCAUACGGAGUGUGUGUAUAUAUACAGGGUUUUACGGUAACCAUACGGUAUAUAUAUACACACUCCAGUUUUCACUUUAGAAAGUGAUUCAUGAAAGGGAUUAAUAUUUAUCGUAAAUAAUUCCCCUCCUUUCUCCUCAGGGGGAAUAUGCUUUAAUCCUUUUUGUCAGGUCUGACUACUACAACUGAUGGGAAAUCACAGCUGGGGCUAAAAAUAGGAUUAGUGACACACAAGGUUGUAAGCAUUGUAAUGAGCGUCAGUCAUGGCUUUCGUUUCACUAUCAGCUGCGAAUUUCAUUUCAGCUUUUAUUUCUCAUGAUCACUUGGCCACAAGAAACUGUCCAUCUUGCAGAAGUAAAAACACAAUCUUGUACUUGUUUUCACAUAAAUGUCAGCGGAAUAUUUUCCAUUCGAGACAGUGAGACAUUAUUCCCCCGGACACUAAUCAGUUAGCUCCCGGCAGAUCUGAAUGAUUCACCCCUAGUGGUAAGCUCUAAAUAAGACACACAGAAUUGUCAUGAACUGGCUGAAAGAAGGGGUAUUUCAUCAAGCAGAAGAGGAAUUUUGUCCACUGUUCCUUUUUUUUUCACAUUUUAUCCCUUUCCACUUCAAAACUGUACACUCCUGGAAAACAAGACGGAGAACAAGAUGGAUUUCAGCUCUGGAGUGCCAAGAGACAAACCUACCUGUCGCUUUAGUAUUCAGAAGACAUUUGAAACUCUGUACGGUCUCGUCAUGUGCCGAUAUAUCAUGAUUUUUUUUUUAUAGCACAAUAAUUACCAAAUUUACAAUAUUAAAAUGUAAACAAUUUAAACUACAAAAAGCUCAGUGUUCAAAUACAAGCAAACUUCUAAAUGAUGUUAAAAAUGAUAUAUUGAUAUUGACAAAAAAAAAAUCUGACAACGUUAUAUAGAUGAGCACAUAAAAUAAAUAAAUAAAAUGUCCAACAAUGAUUGUGUAACUAAAACCAAAAGUGAAAAAAAAAUUAGAUACAUUCCAGUCAAAAGGCAUCAAAUUUCCGAAUCUGAAAAUUGUAAUUUUAUGAAGCAAAAAUCUCUGAAGCUGUCAUUCUGGCCACGCCCCCUCACUCACCUCUCUGUAACCAUUCUCCUGGCCACACCCCCUCACAUCUUUGUAGUCAUCCUCCUGGCCAUGCCCACUCACCUGUUUGUAGCCAUUUGCCUGGCCACGCCCCCUCACGCACCUUACUGUAGCCAUCCUCCUGGCCACGCCCCCUCACUCACCUCACUGUAGUCAUUAUCCUGGCCACGCCCCCUCACUCACCUCACUGUAGCAUUCUUCUGGCCACACCCCCUCACAUCUUUGUAGUCAACCUCCUGGCCACAUCCCCUCACUCACCUUACUGUAGUCCUCGUCCUGGCCACACCCCCUCACUCACCUCACUGUAGCCAUCCUCCUGGCCACACCCCCUCACUCACCUUACUGUAGUCCUCCUCCUGGCCACACCCCCUCACUCACCUCACUGUAGUCAUUAUCCUGACCACGCCCCCUCAGCUCACUGUAGUCGUUAUCCUGGCCACGCCCCCUCACUCACCUCUCUGAAGCCAUCUGAAGUUGUACUCCUGGCCACACCCCUCAGCUUUUUUCAGCCUUUCUCUUAGCCACGCCCCCUCACCUCUCUGCAUCCCUUCACCUGGUCACAUCCCUUCACGUCUCUGAAACCAUCCUCCUGAUGAUGCACACGCCCCCUCAGGUCUUUGCAAGGCUCCCUCUUGGCCACACCCCCUCACUUCUCUGAAGCCUUCUUCCCGGUCACACCCCCUCACUCACCCUUCUAUGUCCAUCCUCCAGACCACGCCCCCAUAUUCACCUUUCUGAAACUGGUCACACCCCUUCACUCACCUCUAUUAAGACUUUCUCCUGGCCAUGACCCUUCACCUCUCAGAAGUCAUUCUCCUGGCAAUGCCCCCUCACCUAAACGGAAAAAUACAAAGACAUUAAGUCAGAUUACAUCUGUUUAUACUUUGUGAAAACCUUGAAAAUCACACAGAUUAUACUGUAUAAUUAUCGGCACAUGACUGAUUCGGACACGUCACGAGGUCACGCGUGAAAUGCAGCACGUCGGCGAUGUGAGAACUGAUACAGUCUGAGGAAUGAUUCGAGUCAAAAUUACCAAAACAUUCUAGUGUUUGUUAUUCGACCUGCACGUGUUGCUGAUAAUUUUAACAAACAGAUGAAAAUGUGUGUGUGUGUGUGUGUGUGUGUGUGUGUAUAGAGCUGGAUUCUAUACAAGAAUGUACAAAGACUUUCUGUGCAUGAUCGGAUGCUGCACUCAAAGUUUGGACACAGUGUUCUGAAACUGAAAAGCCAUCAUAAACACAUUACGUUUUUUUUUUUUUUUUUUUGAACUGAAAUGCAGCAACUGUCUUUUGGAGAAGAGCGUGUGUGUGAAAUGAAUUGUACAGGACUGUGCUUUUUUAAAAGAAAAAAAAAAAUCCCUUAAAAUGUGAUGUGGCUCAGAAUUUGCAAAAUGCAAAUGAACUGAAAUGGACUCGAGACUGGACUUCAAGUUUGUAAUUAUGUAUUAUUAUUAUUAUUAUUAUUAUUAUUAUUAUUUUGAAAUCAUAUUUAUUUUUGCGUCAGUCCUUGCUGUUGCAUUUGUUCUGCAUUUGUAAUGUACAUGAACUCUCAAGUGCGUCAAUCUGAACAGAAGAGACGUCAGAAAACUUCAACAUCCCCUUUUUUUUUCAGUCACGAGACAAAUGCUGUAUGAUAAAAAUACUCCCAGAAACCUCUUCACAUUCUUGUUGUUCCAAAAAGGCCAAAAAGGCCCACAAUAUAAAAUAUGGUGAUAUUAAACUAUAACAUAUAACACCAUGUGUUCUAUUUGAGAGGAGGCUCGAUAGAUAGGCAGCAUUUUUUGGGGCACAGUCGUUCUCGUAAGCAUACGGAGCAUCACAUCUCGAAUAAUUCUGUUCACCAGGUCAAUGCUGAGUUAUGUUUCAGCAUAAUAUAUUUUUAAAAAGAAAUAUGCGGUAAUAAUAAUGUGAAUCAUGAAGGUUAGGCUUGCUCACCACUUUGCCUCCUAGCGAAUGAGCAAAACUGUUUUAUAUUAUCAAUUCGGUCCAAUCCAUUUUCCUGUUACACAAAUUUAUGCAAAACCACAGACCAAAAACAUGGGUCCAGAAGCACAGAAGCACAAUCCCUAUACUGUUUCACUCAGUGGUAAAGGAUGGUGAAGGAAAAUGUAAAUUAAUUUUCGCUAGAAAUCACAGAAAUCUCCCAAGUGCUUAACUAAACAUGGAGUCAGCACUAAAAAAAAACCCUGUAAUACUAUAAUCAUAAUAGAAAUGAAUAUUUUUAAUGUAACAGUAGUCUUGUGAUUUAUAUUCAGCUUCUGUAGCAACAGCUGUUGUUUGUAAUCAUACCUGAGUGAGACCGCUGUGUACUCAUCAGCCUAAGCAAACUGCACCAAGGACAAACAAAAUCCCUCCGAAAGGAGUAAAUACAGCCGCCGUUAGAAACGUACCCUGAUACGAAAGUAUUGGGAGACGCCUAACCGUGAUGACAUGGCCCAAAAACUAUAAGGCAAUGGAUUUUUUUUUAAGAUGGCCUGUUUUGGGCCUUGUCCUUACAUAAGAAGUAUCACACUGACACACAGUCACACACUCAGUUUUACACACUUUUACAUGCUCUGUCUCUGAGGAGCCUGCUCUUCAUGGCCUUCAGAGGGUUUUUCUCCUGCGGACCUGUUUACCGUGCUUUCACUAUUAGUGAAAGCUACAUGCAAAGACUAUAUUUCUGCCCUCCAGAAAAGAGUGCAGGUUCAAACCAACUGAUAUACACUAUAUGGCCAACACUAAGUGGACACCUGAACAUCACUUUCAUAUGUGGUUCUUUUUUGGAAGCACACAAUUGUGUAGAAUGUGUUUGUAUGCUGUAGCAUUACAGUUUCCCUUCACUGGAACUAAGAGGCCCAAACCUGUUCCAGCAUGACAAUGCCACUGUGCACAAAGCGAGCUCCAUUAAGACAUGGUGUGUGAAGGUUGGAGUGGAAGAACUCGAGUGUCCUGCACAGAGCCCUGACCUCAACCCCACUGAACACCUUUGGGAUGAACUGGAACACCGACUGAACCCCAGACCUCCUCGACAUCCCAACAUCAGCGUCUGACCUCACUAAUGCUCUUGUAGCUGAAUGAUCACAAAUCCACACAGCCACGCUCCAACAUCUAGUGGAAAGCCUUCGCAGAAGAGUGGAGCUCAUUAUAACAGCAAACACAGGGGGGAAUAAAUCUGGAAUGAGAUGUUCAACAAGCACAUUCGGGUGUGAUGGUCAGGUCAGGUGUCCGCAUACUUUUGGUCAUGUAAUGUAUACACCAGCCAUUGCUACGAUGUGCGGUGGCGAUCCUGCAAAUAAAGUAAAUAAAAUAACUCCUAUGUAAAUGCAACAAACAAUUUAUCAUGUGCCUCUUACUGUCACAUGACUGAAUAGUAGCUCGUAAAUGUUCUCUUGAAUCACUAGCUACAAGAAAAGUCUAAAAAGUCUAAAAGUAGAGCUGCCUUUUUCCAAACAAUACAAACUGUAUGAAGUGAAAAAAUCUCAGAAUUCCUGUCUCCCUUGUGUACGUGAGACUCGUUUCCAAAAAUCCAGUUACAGCCUGAGAGUAAGUCUGACCACAGAGUGGCCUCUAUUUAUAAACCUCCCCCAAAAAAAACAACCAUGUCAGUGAGACUCAUGUAGGUCUCACCUUCUGAAAUUUGUAAAUAUUUUGAAUGUAUAUAGUGUGCAAAUGGUUACGUUAUUGUACAUUAUACACUGGUCUUUUUUUUUUUUUUUUUUAAUUAAGACCUACAUCGGACAGCUCUGUACAGACUGUCUUACUCAGUUCCAGUAAAAUAUUGUGUGGUCAGAAGCACAGGGCUGAGAUCAUCUGUUUACCCUCGUUGCAUUAUUCCCUGCUGAAAAAAAAAGAUUAUAGACUAUCAGACAUUUCUAGUGGUGCCUCAUGGCUUUUAAUAUGAUUCUGGUAGUCUGUAAUGGUAGUGUUGUUCCUACAAUUCCCAUUGGCAUAUUUAAAUUUAUUCUACUCAUGAAAGUGGUAUUUCCCAGUCACUAGAAAAAUCCCUGACGAAAACCAUUAAGCCAAUGUCUGUCAACUAAGGUUAGGGUUAGGGAUUAUAAUGUUUUGGGUUUUUUUUCAGCAGGAUUCAUUUAUUCAUCUUUAGUAACUGUCUGGUCAGAGUUGCAGGGGUUUAAAUCAGCUAAAUUUGUUAGAAAAUGUUAGAAAAAAAAAAUCUAGCUUCAAAUGACGUUCUGCAAGGUCCAAACAAUCUUCGCAAAAAACAACCCCAGUAGUCAGUUCUUGCCAAGUUACAUAUACAUGUUCAAGUUUCAUGUGAAUCCAUGCAACCAAUCAUGAGUUGUAGCUGCUGGAGUAAAUUACGCUCAGCCCUACUGAUUGAUAUGCGGCGGCCAUAUUGUUUACAAAAAUCAACAUGUUUUUAUAAUCGUUGAGCUUCAGACCCUGUUGAGUAUUUUGACACCAAUUGUGUGAAGAUACGACAAAAAUUCUAGGACUAGUUCGCCGAAGUAUUUUGCUAAUUUUGCAUAUUAUUCAAAUUAGCUCAAAAUCUAAGUGAGCUACAAAGUGUUUUGAGUUUUUUUGUUCGGUUGAACCCAAGAAAUCAGGGGAACAAAAUAAUUUUCGUAGUGGAACAUACGAUUCAUGAGAAGUGGGCCAAAAAUGUAAAAUUAUUUGGUGCUUGGACCCCUAAAAAAAAAAAAAAACCUUCCAUUUUAUGUUCACUUAGGUUUUAAAUCCGAAUAUAGAUAUGAAUAUUUGGAGCACUAAACAGAUACAGAUAGUUGCAUUGUAUUAAUAUAUCCCCAAAUAAAGUGUAAUUACUCCAGGCAUUUCACUGCAAGUCUUUAUCCAUGUACAUUAAAGCCUCACCAGUGAGGUUUGAAUAAAUUGCAAGGCUUGUCUUUAGGUCAGUAUGAUUAAUUUGUGCAUAUUGUGCAGUCCUAAUGCUACGGUAAUUACAGGAUUAAAAUAAUGACGGCCUGGCGUUUCUAAAUUGCGUAAUUCUUUAAUGACAUCAGAUUUUUCAUUUACCCCAAAUGCGAUCCGGUCAGCCAAAACAAAGUUCUGAUAUUUGCUAUAUUAGUCUUGCACUGGAGCUACGAGACUAGUGUUUAUCUAUGCCAAAACCCAAUGUUACUCUACAUUUCCUUGGACAGUUUUUUUGAUGACCACACAUGUUGCUCUGAUUACAAACAGGUUUUAUCAGAAUUGAUCUGAAAUCACUUCAGCAUAAUCUUUCCUCGCGUAAGUGCCACAUGUAAGAACCUCCCUUCCUCAUCACUGUUUAAAAUGUGAGUUACUUGGAACCCACAUGCAUUCAAAAUGUAUUUAAUAAAGUUGAGUUUGUCAGUA